AUCGAGUAAAAAAAGACAUCACUAAUUGCAAUUAUUUUUUAGACAAUAUUAUAUCGAAAUAAACGACGAUCUUGAAGCACGAUGGAUGAUGUAUCCUCUACCACUGAUAAAAGUCUCCAGCAAAAUGCAGCUGUUCGACGUCGCCAGAUGCGGCAGAAAGUUCUCAAUCGAAUUCGUAAAGUUAACAUUAAAAACAAAGCCGUGAAGAGCUUUUACUAUUUUACCUACGGAGCAGCCGAAGUGAAGGACAAGGACAAAUCCGUAGUAUCUACUUACUUCUUCAACGGAGAGCCCUGCGAAGGUGAUGAACAGUUUCUCAAGCAGAUGAAGCACAGUAUUUUUGUUGGAAACAUAGCUGCAGGUACCAGAAAAACUGAAAUAAAAGAACUUUUCGAUCGAUACGGUAAAAUUGGAAGUAUCCAGCUAAAAACCCGAAAUGGACAAACGAUUGUCGGUUUGCAGCAUAUUUCACUAUAUAGUCCUAUUGUGGCACUCGUAAAAUUCAGUACAAAAGAGGAAGCAAUUGCAGUUUGUGAUGUAAAAGACGGAAAGUUUCAAGUUAAAUUGGUUGAUCCCAGCUUACAGUAUGAAAAAGAAAACUGCGUUCGAGUUGAUAAUGUUGACCCUAAAAUAUCGAAAUUCGAACUUCUUCAAUAUUUUAAAAAUUACGGAACAAUUCUCAAUAUUAUGCUGGAGACAAAUGAUGGCUCGUUGAUUCUCACAGACAAGGAAUAUCAAAAGCUGAACUACAUUUGCUGCUAUGUCCGUUUUGCGCGUAGAAUCGAAGCCAAAGCUGCGAAAGACAUGAAUGGAUUUGUUUUCAGAGGUAGAAAACUACGAGUUGAACUAGCUUAUCAGAAGCACUGUGAUCCUAACAAAAUGAGCAACAACGCACUUCGCAUGUUUUUUCAAACCGUUGGAGAUGUAAUCGCUUUGGAUCAAAUCCCUCAUCAACACAUGGGUUAUGUGUGCUAUAAAAAUCCCCUACCCAUGGAAACAAUGAAGCGGCUCAGCCAGCGUACUUAUCGAAAUAAGAAGAUUCACUUCGAAAAGCUUGAUACAAGUAAUAUUUUAAAGGGACAAAAGCAGAAUAAGGCUGCUACUGAACCGGGUAUAGCGGAUAUUACCGGCGUUAGUGCAGCGGAAACUGCAACAGUGUCAUUGGCAGCAAAAGAUUCUGGGGUGGCAUCAAAGAAAGCAAAACUGAAGAACAUUCAGAAAAAACUCGGUUCUUCUGGUGACAUCGUAGGAUCGACCGGAGUAGCAAAAAAAAAGUUACCUCGGAAAAAUGCAGCUGCUGGUUCAAAAAUGAAGGCCAUUGAAAAAGUUUUAAAAGCUACGAAAGAGGAGUUUAGUUAAAUCAUCAAAUGUGGAUGUAACUUUAGGUGUUAAGUGCUUUUAAUAAAAAUCAGAAUCAAGCCUAUUUUUAUAUUUAGGCUGUGAACCA